UUUCGGCUAUAUUUGUGUUAUUUUAGCCAUGUUUAGACUUUAAAGAGUUGCGCAACCAUUAAGCAGCCAUCUCAGUUUUGAUGUAAACCAUUGUGCUUACAGUCAAUCUCUUACAUCUGUGUUGUUGCAGGUCAUACUUAUGCGGCCAUGGGAAUGCGCGUAGCGACGCAUUGAAAGGUCAGCUGCCCGCAUGUAAAGCGUUUUGCGAAGUCCGGAGAAACCGUCCAGAGACUGCGUCAUGCCGGGACCAGAAAUUCGCCAAGGCUGCCGCGAUGUCACGGCUCGCACAAUCUGCCUUGGACCGGAGAAGUCAACGUACAAGGUUUUCAGAAAGCCCCAGGACAAAAAGGAGAAGAAGCCCAGAGAAAUGCCGAAAAGAAUGCUGGUUACAAGUGACUUGAUCCGGAAGAUUCGUGUCCCCUACGAGAGAGAUCCACAGACAGUCACAAUCAACCAAGGGAAGUUCCAGAAGAUCAGCAGCUCCGCUAAGGUGCUCUCCAAGCAGGAGGUGGAGGCGGCCGAGCGACGGCGCGAGGAGCAGAAGGACCGCCUCGCGGCCGAGGCGCUGGCCCGCCGCCAGGCGCUCGAGGCCGCGGACAUCGUCCGUGAGUCCAAGGAAGCUGAAGCUGUAGACGAAUUGAAGGAGGAAGCCAGAAAACGCGCCAAAAAUAUCGUGGAUCGCGCGAAAAUAGCCGAGAUGGAGGCUGAUGAAGACAUCAAGCAGAUGAACCAGAUGAUCAUGCAGGCGAAGGUUUACGCUGUCCGAGACGCGCAGGUAGAGGAGAAGAAGGUCAUCGCGAAGGAGAUGAUGGAGGAAGAGCGACGGUUGGAUCACAUGAUGGAACAGGAGCGUCAGCGGGACCUGGCGGAGCAGCAGAGACGCGAGGAGGAGCGGCGCAGGGUCAGGGAGAAGCAGAAGGCCGUCAUCAUCGAGCAGAUCGCCGAAAACGAGGAGCACAGGAUUCUCAGGGCCGAGAAGAAAAACCAGGAAGCUGAAACGAUAAGGAAAAAGAUACGCAAGAUGCAACUAGAGGAUCUUGAGGCAGACGAGGCAAAGAAGAAAGCGCAACACGAAAUGCACGAAUCUUUGCGAAUUGCCAACGAGGCCAUGGAAGAAAAGAAGAGAAACCAGAAGGAUUUCGCCAAGCUUGAAGAGGAUCAGAUUCGUGAAUACCAACGCCAGAAAGCGGAGCAGGAGGCCAAGUACGAGGAGGAGCAGGCGGCUCUGAAGAAGGCCAAGGAACUCGAGAUCGCGAAGAUGCGGGCGAUGCAGCAGCGUGAGCAGGACAGACUGGCUGGCGAGCACGAGAGGCGAGCGCGCCGCGACAGGGAACGGAUGGAGCGCGAGUGGCGGCGCAAGGAGCUGGAGGACGCGCGGCUCAAGGCCGAGAACGAUGCGGAACUGAAGCAGGCGCGCCACAACCAGGUUGAGCAGCGCGAGCGCCAGGUGGCCGUGGAGGCGCAGCGCGAGCGGGCCGAGUUCUAUCGUAUCCUACAGGCGCAGAAGGAGGCCGAGGCGCUCAGCCACGCCGACGACGCCAUGCACAAACUGCGUAAUGAAAAGCACCUGGUGUUGCUGAAAAAGCAAAUGUGCGAGAUGGAACAGAAGCGCGCGGCCGACCGAAGGCGGGUAUUCGAGGAGGGCAUGCACACCCGGAUACUGGAGGCGCAGAAGCAGCAACAGCUUAUCGAACACAAGAAGAAGAAACUUGAAGAACUUAGAAAAUACAAAGUUCCCGAGAAGUAUCUGAACGACGUGGCGCGGCGAGCCCACAUCGCUUCCGAACUGCCGACAUCGAAGGCAUAGGGUCCAGCGGCCUGGCCCGUGUCACUGUCAUCACGAAGCCGCACAUCGCGAGCCGAGAAUAUACGCCAUGCGCGGAUGAACGACCGACGGCGCCAGUAGACCCCGCGACGUAAAGAGCGUUUCAAAUGCCACGCGCGACAAAAGUAGUCUGGCCACGGGUUGUAGCAGGACACGGCUUCUCCACUGAUGCUUCACGCAGUGUGCGCUGAGUAUUUAGAGUAGGACGCAUAUGGCUGAGAAUGUUCCUGUGGUUGGUUAUUAUUCUAUGCACGAAUGUGUCCAAAGUGAGAGAGGCGUUGACAUCUUGACCUUUUAAUGUCACUUGGCCUCUCGAAGUUUCCACUAGUCUCCUUUAAUGGCAUCACUAAUGCUGAUAAAUCUUCUUCUGUCCAUGCCCUGUGUCACGGAGAAAACCACAGUAGUUAUCUUCAAGACGGAAAUGACUUAGUAGCAAAGUGAAAUCGCGUAUGAUGCGAAUCGUGUCUAUAAGCUUUGAAUACAAUACUUUCUUGAGCUGU